CCUUCAUUUCCUCUCUUCUCCGACCUUCCCACAAUGGCAACCACAAACGGCGUCGUCUCAGCCCAUCUUCUCCGAGUCAAGAAGCUCUCCGAAAACGCCGUUUUACCUUCCAGAGCUUCACCUCUCUCCGCCGGCUACGACCUCUCCAGCGCCGCCGAGACCAAGGUCCCGGCGCGAGGAAAAGCCCUCGUCCCCACCGAUCUCUCAAUCGCCAUUCCCGAAGGAACCUACGCCCGUAUAGCGCCGAGAUCGGGGUUGGCUUGGAAGCAUUCGAUUGAUGUUGGUGCGGGAGUGAUCGAUGCUGAUUACAGGGGUCCGGUGGGGGUGAUAUUGUUCAAUUUCUCGGAUGUUGAUUUUGAAGUGAAAAAGGGGGAUAGGGUUGCUCAGAUGAUUCUGGAGAAGAUUGUGACACCUGAGGUUGCUGAAGUUGAGGAUUUGGAUUCCACUGUCAGAGGUGAAGGUGGUUUUGGAUCUACUGGGGUUUAAUUCUCUAACUAUGAUUUGUUGCUUUUUAGGAUUAGAUUACUGGCAUGUACCAGAAGAAUGAAUGGCUUUUGGUGAUUUUGUAUGAUAGUUUGUGGGCUUGUCUCUCCUUUUUUCUUUGUAGUAAUCUUGGGUUUUCUACGAUUUCUAUGUAUAAUAGUUUGGUAGUAAAAGACAGAUGGAAACUGAGGAUUGCUUUUUACA